ACGGCAGACACUGGCAUAGCAGAUCCUGCAUAAAGGAACAGAGAGAAGGGACUUUAUAGACCAACUCCACACCUGCGACUCCCAUCCUCAGCAACAGAAAACAGCUUUUGGUUGGAUUACUACAUCAGGAUUUCUCCUGUUUGAGAUUUACCAUGAAGCUCCUCUUGACCAUCACUGCGCUGCUCCUGCUGGUAGGAGAAAGCACUUCAGAGCGAAUCCUAUCCAGAAGAACCAAGAGGGAGCUUGCCGGGCCUCUACAUGUUGGGGGCAUCAGGGACCCGUUUGGUUCGUACUGCCAAAGGAGAGGAGGCUGCUGUCCUGGUAGAGAUGAUCAGUGCACUGUGCCCUACCUGGACACCAUCUGUUACUGUGACUUGUUCUGCAACCGCACGGUCUCUGACUGCUGUCCGGACUUUUGGGGCCACUGUCUGGGCAUUCAACCCCCUUUUAUUGGUGUCUGCCAAAGAAAUGGGAACAAAUUCUACACAGGACAAACAUACAAGGAGAAUUGCAAUUUAUGCACAUGUGGUUCCUCGGGACACUGGGAGUGUGAGAAGAAUGCUUGUCUGAUCGAGGCCGACAUCAUCCAUGCAGUCAAUAGAGGAAACUAUGGGUGGAAGGCAGCAAACUACAGUCAGUUUUUUGGCAUGUCUUUGGAUGAAGGCAUCCGUUACCGCCUGGGAACACAGAGACCCUCAAGGACUGUCAUGAACAUGAACGAGAUUCAGAUGAAGAUGGAUCCUCAGAAUGAUCAUCUGCCGCGCUACUUCAACUCAUCAGAGAAGUGGCCCAACAAGAUUCAUGAACCUCUGGAUCAGGGCAACUGUGCUGCUUCGUGGGCCUUCUCAACUGCAGCCGUAGCAUCAGACCGAAUCUCUAUCCAGUCAAUGGGGCACAUGACCCCUCAGCUGUCCCCCCAAAAUCUCAUCUCCUGCGAUACACGGAACCAAGGAGGCUGUGCUGGAGGACGUAUAGACGGAGCCUGGUGGUAUCUCCGCCGGCGCGGGGUUGUAACAGAGAACUGUUACCCGUAUCAGCCUCCACAGCAGGCGCCCGCAGAGGUGGGUCGCUGCAUGAUGCAGAGCCGCGCAGUUGGCCGGGGAAAGCGGCAGGCAACUCAGCGCUGCCCCAACACAUACAACUACCACAAUGACAUCUACCAGUCCACACCGCCGUACAAGCUGUCCUCCAAUGAAAAGGAAAUUAUGAAAGAGAUCAUGGAGAAUGGCCCUGUUCAAGCCAUUAUGGAGGUCCACGAGGACUUCUUUGUCUACAAGAAUGGGAUUUACAAACACACCGACGUCAGCUCGACCAAACCGCCACAAUACCGCAAACAUGGCACGCACUCAGUCAGGAUUACUGGGUGGGGUGAAGACAAAGAUUAUGAUGGGACACCAAGAAAGUAUUGGAUCGCUGCCAACUCCUGGGGGAAGAACUGGGGAGAAAAUGGUUUCUUCCGCAUUGCUCGUGGGGCAAAUGAGUGCGAGAUUGAGGCAUUCGUGAUUGGCGUGUGGGGCAGGAUCUCAUUGGAGGACAUGCACAACCACCACCACCACCACCGCCGCAGACACAUCUGAAGAAGUUGUUGAGAGCCCGCCGCGAUCUUUGCUUUAGCCUGAACUUUUGUUGGAUGUUUUUACCUCCGAAGAUGAGAGGCAAGAGUCCCACUGCAUCCCUUGGAACGCAAAAUCCACCCGAUUCUUCUCCUUUUCAUGCCUUUCUUCUCUUUGGGGACGUUUGCAGCUCCUGUUUUCCUUCCUCAUUUGUCCCGCAGCAAAAACAUGAAGCUAAAGUGGUUUUGCCCUCUGAUCAGGCAGCUCAGGUAAAGACUACUCCAAAGACCAAACAUCCCAGAAUCCUCAGACAAAUAUCCAUUGGAACAAACUUAGAAAUGAGAUCACUGAAGCCUAAUCUGAUCCUUUUAUUAUUUAGUUUCUAAAUCUAUAAUCCAGAAACCCUAAACCAGAGUCACAAGAAAAUCUAUGAAAAAGAUUAUCAGACAUCAGUCCCUUUCAGAGAAGACACACCCUCCACCCGGCGUAACCUGAUAAUCCAUCAUAGAUGAGCGUACUGACGUUCACCCGUCAGCCUCACAAAGGCAGAGCCUCACGUGUCCCUCGGCCUUCAGAGGACACUUGAACAGAGUUUUCUUUCUCACACAUUCCUGUAAAAAAAAAACGUAGAGCAGACACUGGAAACACAAGAGGGUUUUGCUGCGGGACACAACAUUACACCGAGAAUCCAAGUCACCAAACUCCUCCCCCGUUUGGUCUGUUAUCCAAAGAUCAAGCAUCAGACUCAGAAAGCCUCUCCGCAUUCCAGUGUUUUUUUUUUUAAAUCUCAGAUGCGUUCAGGGGCUUUGAAUAUAAAAGAAGCUCAUCGCUGCAGAAACCGUCUUAAUGUCUUCAGCUGUUACAGUUUUCAGCUUGGGGCAACAUUUUUGUGCAAUUAUGCUCAAAAAUACACUUUACAACUUGUUGGCUAUUUAAAAAAAACCUUCAAAACACAAAUAUCCCCCCGUUUACCUUUUUUUUGUAACCUAAAAUCAGAAGCUGUGUAGUGCUGCUAAACUCUGUCUGUGCCACAAUGUUGGUCUUUGUGCAUUUAAUGGAGCCACUUGUUUUUUUUUGUAGCUAACACUUCUUACUGUAUAUAAGGUUGUGCGUUGUUUGGAGCCAUCGUUUCAGACGUUUGGUGGAUUUGUCUGCUACAGUGUUGCAGCGCUUUCAGAUGUCUUGUUUUUUUCGCUGUGUUAUCGCAGGUUUCCUGUGAUUACAUCUUCACCUGCUUUCACUGGGACUUCAAAAGAAUUCUUUUCUCUGACAUCUUGUGAUCUUUAAGUUCUCCCCCUUAAGGCAUGACUAAGCAGAAACCGUAGAAGAGAUAGGAAGGAUUGGAGGCAAAUCUGAGAAGAUGAGCAGAGUGCUGCAGAAAAAGGGGGAUUACUAGUAGUGGCUGCUUUAUUCGUCUCGUGCAAUGCACUGAUUCUUCACCACUAUAACGUGGUCAAAAGAUUUGCAGUCAUUGGCUGUGCUCAUUGAGCGAGUCCUCAUGGCGAGACAAUCAAUUUGUAUGCUACGUUCCCACUGGGCUUGGAAAACCGCAUUCAAGCAACCACUUUCAGGGAAAAGUCUAUGUAAAGGUGCAUUUCAGGUUUCCUUAUGACUCAUGAAGUCCAUUUUUGGACUCUACAUACUUAAUGCAUAUGUUGAACGUGCAUUGACAUUUAAACCAAUUGACCUUCGACCAAUCAGGGAUUUGGUAUUGACAAAUGGGUGGCGUCCUUUUCAAAACUUGGAAGUACGAACUGUUUGAAAAUUGAUCACAAAGAAGAAAUGAAUACUUGCAGUUUGUGUCCGGCCGGAAUUCUAUGACACCAAGUCUUUCGUAUGUCGGAAUAGAGCAGUGACAGAAAAAGCCUGGAGCAAGCCUCACGAGAUUUGAACCACUUUGACAUUUUGCACCACGCCUCUUCCCUCUGUUGGUACAGUACAGACCACCUUCCACCUUCCCAUUCAUUCAAAUGAAUGGGAAGGUGUGUCCAAACUUUUGCUCUGUACUGUACAUGCGCUAGUAUAACAUAGCGACACUGUAUGCCACAAACACGUUCAGGAAUCCCCGUUUAGCAUGUUCUUGAACUUGCAUCACAUGUGUGUAUGUACCAUCACACCGGACUUGGAAAAAGGGCAUUCUAGCGACCACUUCAGACAAAAAGUCGAUGUAAACGCGUAAAUCCGCGUUUGAAACUGUAGCAUACACUGGUCGCUAUGCACAUUUUUAAGUCUGCUUUUGGUCUCUACGUAUAAAACACACGCACACUGAAGGCGCGUCAAAAGUAUCAAGCUCUGGUUUUGCGCAGUGAUAGUCCCAUGUGAUCAUCGUGUGCUACAAGUGCAUCAAAUGCCCGGUGUGAACGUAGCAUCGGAGUAAAAGAAGACAAAAAAAUCAGCAAAAAUGUCUAAUUCUACUUACUCUGACAGUGAAAACGUUGCACUGCAAUCUUAGCAGGUUGGUGAACAUAGAAUGCUGGGAAAUCCCUCAAAGGGGAGAAGAGGAAAUUGACCAAAGCCGGACCUUUUAGCUUUCACCUGAAAAGUCUUUGAUCUUAACGCUUUCAUGAGAUGAGCGCAACCAGGGGUCACCUCAGUUCAGUUUGACGUUUGCACCUUGAAAAUAUAUCAAACCUGUCAAAAAUAAAACUGUAAUCUCUUUAAUCCAAGAAAAGCAUGAAGUUUGAGCUUCGUUUAUUCUUCUCAAAAUACUGUAUACGGUAUUUAGUGUCACUAAUAAGAAUGAUUUCAAACUUUAUUUUGAAAAAUAAAAGUUUCUCAGCUACACAACCUUGCCUCCAGCAGACACUCUGUCGUCAUGUGUUUAGUGGGGAAAUGAACCGCUGCAUUUACUUGUGUAAAGUUUUUAUUUAUGACGAGCUGUGUAAAUUGUAAAACUUUGUGUUUUUCCUGGUUGUUUUUCUUGUACGUUUUUAUCUCUGUCAUGUUCACAAAAUGCAAUACCACAUUAGUGUUGACUUCUAGUAAAAAUCUCUUCAAAACCAAA